AUGGACCGCGGAUCGAUCUACUCUGCGCACGUCUACGAGCCGAGUUUCGGUGAGAAUAGAGAUACUCGCCUACAGCUUCAAACGCAACUCGAAGCCUUUAUCCUUGACUUCCGGCUUGGCAACAACUUUGUCUACAGAGAUCAACUAAGAGAGAACGCACUGCUAAAGAGGUACUACUGCGAUGUCAACAUCAAUGACUUGAUCGCCUUUAACGAGGAGUUGGCGCAUCAGUUGGCAUCUGAGCCAGCCGAGGUCAUCCCUUUGUUCGAAUAUGCUUUGAUGAAGUGUACCCACCGCAUUGUCUUCCCUCACGAGCCCAAAGUCGACAUCCCCAAGCACCAGCUCCUUCUUCAUUCCAACGCAGACGAUGUGUCCAUCCGCAAUCUCGAUUCGAUGGCUAUUGCUCGAUUGGUCCGGGUACCAGGUAUCGUCAUCGGUGCCUCCGUCAUGUCCUCAAAAACAACAGAACUUCAUAUACAAUGUCAAAAUUGCGGACACGCAAAAGCCAUUCCUAUCCUGGGUGGAUUCACUGGUGUAACUCUGCCCCGACAAUGUGCUCGGAGCAGAAUUCCCAACGAUCCCACGCCGAGGUGCCCCUUGGAUCCGUACUUUGUCGUACACGAGAAGUCACACUUCGUCGACCAGCAGAUCAUCAAGCUUCAGGAAGCACCUGAUCAAGUCCCCGUUGGAGAACUGCCAAGACAUGUUCUCAUCUCAGCUGACAGAUACCUAACAAACCGGGUUGUUCCUGGAUCGCGGUGCACUGUCAUGGGCAUCUUCUCCAUCUACCAAAGUAAGGCCUCCAAAAACUCAUCCAACGGUGGCGCAGUGGCUAUCCGCACCCCUUAUCUAAGGGCAGUUGGAAUCCAGUCAGACAUUGAUCAAGCAGCCAAGGGCAACGCCACUUUCUCAGAGGAGGAAGAGCAAGAAUUCUUCGAGCUGAGCAGACGGUCCGACAUUUACAACGUCAUGGCUGCUUGUAUCGCUCCUUCAAUUUACGGACACCGGGACAUCAAGAAGUCAAUUCUCUGCCUCCUGUUAGGUGGCUCAAAAAAGAUCCUCCCUGACGGCAUGAAACUUAGAGGCGAUAUCAAUGUACUACUUCUCGGUGAUCCUGGUACGGCCAAGUCUCAACUUCUAAAGUUUGUCGAGAAGGUAGCACCCAUCUCUAUCUACACCUCCGGAAAAGGUUCAUCUGCCGCCGGGUUGACAGCGUCCGUCCAGCGUGAUCAGUCUACCCGUGAGUUCUAUCUUGAAGGUGGUGCUAUGGUUCUGGCCGAUGGUGGAGUAGUGUGUAUUGAUGAGUUUGAUAAGAUGCGAGCCGAAGACCGAGUCGCUAUCCACGAAGCCAUGGAACAACAAACCAUUUCCAUCGCCAAGGCCGGUAUCACCACCAUUCUCAACGCGCGAACAUCAGUCCUGGCUGCUGCCAAUCCCAUCUUUGGUCGAUACGAUGACAUGAAAACUCCUGGAGAGAAUAUCGAUUUCCAAACCACCAUCCUGUCGCGUUUCGACAUGAUUUUCAUUGUCAAGGAUGAUCAUAGCCGCGAGAAGGAUGAGAAGAUGGCCAAGCACGUUCUUGGUAUCCAGAUGAAUGGUCAGGGAGCCGACGAAUUGGUCGAGUCUGAGAUCCCUAUCGACAAGAUGCGAAGAUAUAUCACCUACUGUAAGACUCGCUGCGCUCCUCGACUCAGUCCCGAAGCUGGUGAGAAGCUCUCCUCCCACUUUGUCUCUAUCCGUCGCCAAAUCCACGACGCCGAAAUAGAAGCCAACACCCGCUCCUCCAUUCCCAUCACAAUCCGUCAGCUGGAAGCUAUCGUGCGUAUCACUGAGUCUCUUGCUAAACUCACCCUCUCUCCCGUUGCCACCGAGGCGCACGUUGAUGAGGCUAUCCGGCUAUUCCUAUGCUCUACCAUGGACGCGGCCAACCAGGGCAGCAACCAGGGCAGCCGUGAGUUGAACGAGGAGGUGAACCGUCUCGAGACUGAGCUCAAGCGUCGUCUACCUAUCGGAUGGAGCACAAGUCUGUUCACACUACGGAGAGAGAUGGUAGAGGGCAAGGGGUACAGUGAGCAGGCGUUGAAUCGAGCACUGAUGAUUCUCCAGCGAAGAGACAUAAUCAUGUUCAGAAAUCAGGGAGCACAGGUCUAUCGAAAUGGAGCUUAA